AUGUCGAGAAAACCCGUCAUCGUGCUCACCCCGGGAGCAUGGCACUCGCCAGAGCAUUUCCAAGACCUUCGCGACGAACUACACACAAGAGGCUGGGAGACCCGCGUCGUGAGGCACCAAUCCGUCGGCUCUGAGCCGCCGAACAAGGGCUUAUACGACGACGCGGCCGCCACCGGUGCCGUGCUGCAAGAGCUUGCCGACCAAGACCGGCAGAUCGUCCUGGUCGCUCAUUCAUACGGCGGUCUCGCGGCAGCCGAAGGCGUCAAGGGAUUCGGGAUCAAGCAGAGGGCCGCGGAGGGUAAGCCUGGCGGCGUCAUCAUGUUUAUGUACCUCGCUGCGUUUGUGGGGCAGAAAGGGCAGAGCAUCUUGAGCAUGACGGGCGAUGUGUAUCCCCCGUGGACGAGGAUAGAGAUACGUCAGGACGGCCGAAUCCAUGUCGUGACCGCCGAUGACCCCCUCUACGGAGACGUGCCCUCAGAGGCAAGGAAAAAGGCAAAGAGCUUGUUGAAGCACCAGACGACGAUCUCGUUCAAGGAGACAAUGACGUACGAGCCCUGGCACGACAUUACUUGCAUGUACGUCGGCUGCGAGGACGACCAGGCGAUCCCGUACUUUGCGCAGGAGCAGAUGCAGCAGCUCCUGGGACCCGAGGCGACCAAGUUGAAGUUGAAGUCUGCGCACUCGCCGUUCCUUUCUGUUCUGUCUGAGACGGCGGAUGCUGUUGAGCUCGCUGCGAAGAAGGGGCUGGAGGCUCUGUCGGUUUAG